CGUCAGUGACGUCAUCACCAAGCGACGCUCGUCGGUUUGUUUCGGCUGCUGAGCUAACAGCUGCACCGAAUGUGUUUUGGUUUUGCUUUUGGCUCCCAUGCGUCCUCAUCAUGAGCUCUGAAGGCGAUUCUCUGCCUGGAUGAUGCACCUCAGUGCAACACAAAUGGACGUUUAGAUGUCAUCCUGCUCCAGCUGUUUCACACAGCAUAUAUCUAUAUCUGUGUUUUCAAUAACGUAUCAAUGCAAAUUAAAAUGAAAGAAAUUGAUUUAACUGGCUGGAGCUAGCCAUUAAAGUCUCCUGAAUCCGUCCUCAAGUCAGACAGUAUUGUCUUCAUCUGUCUCUCAGCUGCAACCAUGUUAAGAACAGUGCUGGAAGACAGUGUUUAAGGCUGUAUUUUUUUAUUUGUUUUUAUUCAAGAAACUCAUCCUACAGUGUGUGCUGUAAGCCAAGCAGAUUCAUAACUAUGUGAUGCAGCACACUGAAGAGUUGUAAUGUCUUUAGCAGUAGGUUCAGUUCUACUUUGUUAAUGGGGCAGAAGCUGUCAGUGUCAGAAUCGGCCCGGCAGUCAGUUCAGGUCUGAUCCAUGACUGAGUACUACGAGGAGGGGGGGCUGCUGUACGAGCAAUCACCUCCCAUGCACAUCAAAGUGGAGUCUCCGGAGGGACCCUUUGGAGGGGGAGCCUCAGAGAACGGCUUCCCCAGGGAGGAUGAGGACUCGGACGGCAGCUGUGACCAGAGCAGCGGACUGCCUGGAGGUCUGCCCUUCAAUGUGGUAGUGGUGCAUCCCAACAUCAUGGCGCCUGGCAUGUCCUCAGACGACCUGCUGUCCAUUGAACAAAACAGAGCUAUGUCAGCUGCACUGGCUGCUGGUGGUGCAGGAAAAAGAAAGAGUCGAUUCAGUGGAGCAGAGCUGGAGGUGCUGGUGUCAGAAGUCACCCGGUGUGAAGGAGAACUCUUCGGUCCUGCUGGGAGGCUGAGGCGGCGGGAGAGAGAGCGCAUCUGGGCGGGAAUCCUGGAGCGAGUCAACGCUGUGUCCAGAGUCCCACGCACACUGCGGGAGGUGAAGAAGCGCUGGGACGACCUAAAAAGACGCAACGGAGGCAGGCUGGCAGACGCCCGCCACCGCAGCUGUUACCUGCCUUCCAGCAGAGGGGCUUCAAUGCUCGGACGCCCUUCUCAGCCAAGCCCCAGGCUUCAGCAGGCGAGGCUGAAACAAAGCACCAGACCAAAGCCCAGUUUCCCAUGCUUUCCUGACUCUGAUACAGGUGUGGGAGUGGAGGGAUCCGAGAGAGAUGGUCUGGAGAAAGAUGAGGACAAUUCUGAGCGGGACAGAGACAUGGGAGAACCUGACUGUGAACCAGUAGAGAACAGUAUGGAGGACAAAUUGGGAUUAGGACUCGGUUUAGGAAUAGGACCACCUCCUCCGUCAGAACGAUGGCUGCCUCCUUCCCCUCUCUAUAGCGCUCCUUUUCUCAAUGGCAGCCCUCAGCCCAGCAGUCCUCAGCCAUCACUCGGAGCACAGCAGGGUCCUCUUGAAGCACCUCCCCGCAGCUCCUGGCUGGAGGAUGAGCUGCGAGGGUUAGGGGAAGCUGCAAUACAGCUGGGGAAUCGGGUAGAAAAGAGUCUGCGGGAGUUUGGCGAAGGUUUCCGACAGGACAUGAGAACACUUGUCGCCUCGCAAGAGGCAUUAGCAGUCAGUCUACAACAAAACAAUGUCCUCUUGCAAAGGCUCUUAGGAGUGCUUGAGGCCCAGCAACAACCACAGCCGCAGCAACAACGUGUACAACAAGUGCACCAAACACCUCAACAGCACUUACAGCCACAGCCAGUUCAGCAGCAGCUACAGCACUUAGAGUCACAGCAACAGCGGAUCGAAACACCACAGCAGGCGCAGCUAAAACAGCAGCAGUCACACGUUGUACAGCAGCACCAAACACAAAUACAGCAGCAACCACAGGCCACUCAGCACUCGAAUCAGUCCGCUGUAGCAGUGGUACCGACAAAAUCAUCCCCAGACAUACACGGCACUUUUCCCUCUGAUCCACCUACAGACACAAAUGGAAGUGUACAGAGGCCACGGCGAGGACGAGCUGUUGACCACAGGCGCAGGAGACGGCGCUGAGGAGAAUGUAUUUAAAAACUCAAACUGUAUAGCCUGCAUAUUUGAUGUUUCAAAAUGUGACAGACAGAAAUGAUGCUUUUUUUCUACUGAGUAUUUCUGUAAAAAUUACUAGUUUUUUUGGAGUUUUGUGUCCCACUCCAAAUUAGUAAUCCAUCUGGCACUUUGGCUUGUACUCAGAAAGGACUGAAGCGAAUAAGAAAAUUAGAAAUAUGAGAUCAUAGGGUGGCCUUAACAUUAGCUUGGUUCCUCAGACAUACGUCCAUUCUCUUGUGCUAAAAGACUCGGAAAACCAGUUGUUCUGCUUCUCUCAUGAGACUUUCAACACUCAGACAAGUGAUAUACUGUAGGUGCUGAUGUUCAGUAUGCAUGUCUCUGUACAUGAUUUCCAGCAGAGCUGCAAAGUUCAAGAAUGUUCUCACUAGUUCAGUACUGACGCACUGCUCCUGAUACACUAACUACAUUGCCAUAAAGUACUUAUAAUCUGCAGUUGUUACCGUAUAUUGUAGUUAUACUGAUAUUGUAAUUACCUGCUAAUGUCUGCUUGUGCUUUUUUUAACAGUUUCAUGGUAAAUACUUUUCCAGCUUUUGGUUGGACAGGAAAGUUAGACUGUGUUCUGUUGAAUGCGUUUUGAGACAACAAUAUUAUAUUUUAAAGAAUUGAGAAUUUUUGGAGAUAUGAAAAACAAACAAAAAAACCCUCCAGGCAUAAACAUGGCAGUAUGCUUCAAACUUUAAUUCAUAUGCAGGGUUCUCACCAGGAUUUUUUUACAGCGCAACGGCAGGUCCUCCCGCACGCACAUGUGCACGCGCAAUAGUCUUCAUUAAAUCUCGCGAGCGGCCGUCCCAGAUGUCAGCCAAUGAGCGUCACGCAGAUGCUCCAAAUGCUCGUGAUUUAGGUCACUAUUCACCAUACAUGGCAUCACGGAAACAACCGAGAAUUGCUAAUUGUAACCCCGAGAUUGGAAGCGACUCUUAAUUUUAGACUGGAACGGGUCAAUCGACAGGAAAGUACGGCUGAGGUGGGGAGACAUAAAUUAACCUAGAUAGGCACCCAGUCAAUAAAAACAAACGCACAUGGCGUUAUCUGUCAAAAUAACAGCAUAGCAGCCCUAAUCACAGCGUAAUCUUUUAAACUGACAGCGUAACGGCCCGUUACGACAGCGUAACGGCCCGUUACGCUGAAAUGUGCUGGCGAGAACCCUGAUAUGUUUACGGUUGCAUUUAUAAGCAUACAUAAGUAUGUAGGGGCUAUUUAUGAUAAUCUUGCAUGCGGUAUCAUGGAUGUGUUUGUAAAUAGUUGCAAAGAAACAGCAUAUGGCCAUCAUAACGUAGUUUUGCACAAGCUAUAUUUUGUAGAUAGCGACUGUUCUGAUGAAAUGUAACUAAACUUAAUAAAACACAGACAUGGACUGCAAAUAUAA